AUGAAGCGAGGCCGCAUUGUGGCAAUUGCUAUCCUCGUCUUUGCUGCUGCAGCUUUUGUUACCAAUUUGAUAGCAAAUUGUUCGGAUCGAUGGGGGAUAAAUUCGAGAGAUGGUGGUGAAAGAACGUUCCGUCGUGCGGGAUUAUGGCAAGUUUGUUUCAAUAUGUAUCGUCAUCGUUUCGAUUAUUACGGGAAAAUUUAUAACGGAUGUUGGUGGUUAUUUUCACCAGAAAUACGAAUGUUAAGAUCAUGGAUAUCCAAUUAUUGGUUACGUUGGGUGCAAACAUUAUGUACAUUAUCGAUGAUAUGCUCUUUAUUUGCCUUGGGAUCAUCAAUCAAUGUUAAUCGUCAAGAUAAUUUUCGUUCAGCUCGCCAUGUACUAAUACAAUCAU